AUGGGGUCGCAUCCCGAUCAUCCUCAUCAGGCGGAGGAUCGACCGUGCCUCGAGUCACACUCAUUCUAUCUACACCGGCCGACGUACGACCCCGACGAGCAUAUUGAUGCAGAUGAUCUUUCGACUCGCUAUCCGUCGGAUGGCAAUCCUGACAAGCCGGAGGCUACCGUAUCAGAACCAGUGCCAAUAGUGAACAGGAGCCUUCGAGCUCUUUGGGGCUGGUUUAACAACGGCAGCAUCAAGAAGACGAAGCAGCAGUUCAACAAACUCAUCGAUGUGAUCACUCACCAAGACUUUGAGGCUGCCGAGUUGGUCGGAACAAGUGCCGCGCAAGCUGAUAAGGAAGCCGACCAAGAGGCCCAAGGAUCUCUCCCGUUUCUUGCGAACAUGAAGACAGCAUCGGUUACAAUCACUGUGCCAUCGGGAUCGCCGGAUGUACCGUCACGGAGCUUUGCGAUACCGGGACUGCAGUUUCGAAGUCUGACGUCCGUCAUCAAGGCAGCGUUUGCAGAUCCAAUAUCAGCCCACUUCCAUUUCUCGCCUUUCAAACUGUACCAUGACGAUACGCGUGUCUACACGGAAGUCUACAACUCCGACGCCUUCAUUGAAGAGCAUGACAAGAUCCAGCGGAUGGGCGAACUGCCGCCAGAUGAGCCGGAGUGUAAGCUGGAGAAGGUCGUCGCAGCAAUGAUGCAAUGGUCGGACAGCACUCAUCUCACGAACUUCGGCGUCGCCAAGCUCUGGCCUAUCUACGUCCUAUUCGGGAAUCUCAGCAAAUACAUGCGAUCCAAGCCGGGAUUCGGUGCCGAACAUCAUCUGGCGUACAUUCCGUCGGUCAGUUCCUCAACUUGCAGAGCAAGUCAGCACAAUGCUGAUGACUUAUUCUAG